UGCUUACUCAGCAAGCCUUCGUUAUUUUGUGGAAGCACUUGUCGAUCUGCCUUCGUCAUCUUUCUUCCAGUCUUGAUUCGAUUCUUCUCUGUGAACGAACUUCAUUCUACUCUCAGACUACCUACACCACACCUCUUGUGAUCAAUCAUUUUUACCAACCAGAAAAAAUGGGCGGAUCUGGAGCCGCGAGCUUCCUCAAAGUUCUCGCCAAAAAUUUCGACGUUCUUGCUGGACCGGUGGUUAGCCUUGUUUAUCCUCUAUAUGCAUCGAUUAGGGCGAUCGAGACGAAAUCGCCUGUUGAUGAUCAGCAAUGGCUUACCUAUUGGGUGCUUUACUCCAUGAUCACCCUUUUUGAGCUUACAUUUGCAAAGCUUAUCGAAUGGCUACCGUUCUGGUCAUACACGAAGCUGAUUUUCACCUGCUGGUUAGUCAUACCGUACUUCAGUGGAGCUGCUUAUGUGUACGAGCACUUUGUUCGGCCAUACCUGGUCACUCGGCAGAAGAGUGUUAACAUCUGGUAUGUUCCGAGGAAGAAGGAUAUCUUCAGCAAACCUGACGACAUUCUGACAGCCGCAGAAAAAUAUAUCCAAGAAAAUGGAUCCGAAGCUUUCGAGAAAAUGAUUCACAAGUCGAGGGAGAGCACUUCAAGGAGCAGCAAUUACACAUUCUACAACGACACCUACAGAUAUGAUGACGACUAUUGAGCACUUUUACAUACUGUUUGAGGUAAAAUGCCUUUUUUUUUUCUUCGUUAUGUAGGGGAAUUCCGACAUGCUUUUGUAAAGAAGGGUGCUAUGACUUGAUGUUUGCGUCGUCCUACUAUAGUUUACACUGAUCACGUCUCCCGUGUUUGUUAUAUAUUCCGUGUUCUAACUUAACUACGCAAUCGACAUGAGUAGAACUUCUAUUUUAGUUUCU